AUGGAUCUGACUACAAAAGGAUCAGAAGCCGAUGCAAAGCCGAAUAAUUGUUGUGUCUGUCCUGAAACAAAGAAGCUUAGAGAUGAAUGCAUUGUGCAACAUGGAGAGAACAAAUGCGGUAAAUAUAUUGAAGCCCACAAAAAAUGCCUACGGGCUGAAGGGUUCAAUGUGUGAUGAUCUUUGGAUGAUAGUUCAGGCUGAUAACAGUUUAACUUUUCAGAGAUCUUGGAUGAUUUUUUUCUUCCCAAAAUGUAUAAUUGAUCAGUUCAUCUGUUUGAAGAUGUAAUGAAUAAAAAUGCCAGAAUGUUUUUUAUGGAUAUGUCUAUUACUUUGUGCA